GGGGAGGUGUCCUGCCAUGGCGUCGACAACCUGCUCGGCCGGCUCCCUACGGUCCCGGCGGUCGAGGUCGAUGUGACUUUCACUGCGGCCAAUCUGCUUCGAGUUGCGGGCCGCUUGCAGAGCAAAGCUGGUGGGCCGGACGAUUGGGAUAUCUGCCACUUCCAGGCCCUUCCCCAGGAGUUCCGGGAAGCCCUCGCGGCACUAUGGCAGACUGUCUACUCGUCUGGUCGGGUGCCCAAGCGCUGGCGGGAGGCGCGUGUUUGUUUGGUGCCAAAGGCUGCGGGCGGGCAUCGCCCCAUCUCGGUCCUUAGCAUUGCCUAUCGGCUCGGUGCUUCGGUGCUGUCUCGUGAACUCCGGCAGUGGACGGAUCAGUGGCUCGGAGUUCGCAUCAUGGGUGGCUUCCAUGGCAGGGCCACUCGUGAUGUCUUCAUGAGAGUUCUUCAUGCUGCCGAGGAUCGCUUGGCCAUGUUUGUCGGGGAAGAUGUGAACAAGUCUUUCGACUCCCUUACUGGCCCUCACGUGCUCCGAGGUCUUAAACACUUGCAGGCUCCACCACAACUGCUUGGCUUCGUUGAGUCUAUCAUGAAGGAGCAGUGGCGGGUGUUUUCAUCGCAUGGUCUCCUUGGCGCUAGGUGGCACUUGGCCACAAAAGGUGCUGCGCAGGGAGAUCCGAUCUCCUCCCUCCUGGCCGGCGCGGUCAUGUGGGCAUGGAGCUUUUGGAGUUCUUCUGGAGCCGGGCUGCUGGCCGCGAAGCGAAGGAGUGAGGAAAUCGAUAUGGCCUUUCAGUUUCGCUGCGACACUCGCAAGUGUCAGCUUGCGGCCAGAGCUCAAAGUCAGGGCCGUGAGAUGGCCGGUUCUUUUGGCUACGCCUUUCGGCCGUCGCUGGACAUCCUGGGCAUCGUCGUGGACAUCGCUGGCAGAGCGCCUCCUGUGCUGGCGCGGUACGCCCACGACGUUGCCAACGUCCGUGUGCAGUGCAUCAACGCGGUCGCCCAUGGCAUGUGGGGCAGUGGCUUCCAUCCCCGGCUCGGAAACUCCAUCCUGGCGGUGACAAACUACAAGCAUGCAUGCGACACUCCGGCCAUCGUUGUGUGGGAGAUCAUGGGAUGGGAAUGCUGCCCUAGCUUUGCUCGCCGAUGGUCCGCUCUCCGGGACGCCAUCGCGCUGACCUGCAGGCCCCCGGUCUGGCUGGAGGACGCGGACUUAACCUUUGCGGCGAAGCGGUCCUUCGUGAACUUGGCUGGUGGACGGAUCGCAGGGGCACUGUCAUCCGGCGCCGUGACUCUGUGGGAAACCUUCGCUGUUUCGAGCUUGGGGUGGACUCUCCUGACGUUCUUUGCGAGUGGUUGCGUGACUGGCACAGGGCUCGUGCUUUGGCUUCCACCAACAGGGUCGCUUCCUCUCUUCAUCGGGGAGACCAGGGACUGGCCGGAGGUGUUUUACUUCCCGCAGUUCCUCGUGGCAGUUUGGUCUUGCUUCGAGGCCACAAGGAGGCUUACGAUGGCGCGGACAGUCGCGUCCGCCGCAACUCGGCUUUGGCCACGGGAUGCUCAGUGUGGGCCAAGGCGGCCAAGCGUUGCUGUGUCGCUCAUGCCUCCUUGUGAAUGCGGCUUGGCUUGCCCUAGCAGGCCCCACCUGCUGUGGCAGUGCCCGGGGACAGCAUCGCUUCGCCCUCGUUGCGCUGCACCUGUGAAUCGAUGUGAGGAGCGACUCCUCGCGAAGGUUGUGCCCGAGCAGCCGCCUCCGCCCGCGGUGGUGGGGCGAGAUGACACCAUCGAGGCCCUUGCGACUCAGCUGGACGUUCUCUUUGAGGAUUCUGCCACUCUCUAUGUCGGCACGGAUGGCAGCACCGUCACUGAGGUAGGUGCCUGGUCGGUUGCAGUUCAGGGUGGAGAGACCUUCGCCUGCGGCAUCUGUGCCGAGGAUCAAUCCCCGUACCGCGCUGAGGUUGAGGGCCUCUUGGGCCUGUUGGAAGCUGUGCAAAUGUGCCGACGCCGUGGCUCCAUCGUCGUCGUAUGCGACUGUCAAGCUGCCCUGUUGGCCCUCGACGGCAAAGGUCAGUCCUGCAUACUGGUCCAGCGGGUUCGAGAGCGUCUACACUCUUGCAUCUCGAUGGGUUUCUUCUUGUCUUUUUACUGGGUGCCGAGCCAUGGCAAGAUGGCCCCACCACGGUGGUUGGUGCCUCCUGGUGGCGAGAUGUUGGCCCGCACCCUCAACGGUCGCGCCGAUGUCGCGGCUCGGGCUUGCGCGUCCAGGCGGGCUGCAGGAAGUGGGCGGGAGCGCUGCCAUGCCGCGCGUGCUGAUGCCUUGGUGUGGGAAAGGGCUGCGAUUGAUGGCUUGUGA